AUGGCGGACGAUGAUCAACCCAAACCAAAUGAGCCGAUCGACACUAGCUCGCCCCUAUACCUUCACCCUUCGGAUUAUCCGAGACAAAUGCAGGUUAACGAUACUCUAACCGAUAGCAACUUCAAUGAUUGGGUACAGGAGAUGUCGAAUUUUCUGUUCGCCAAAAAUAAAAUAGGUUUUGUAGAUGGGAGCAUUCGAAAACCGGAGCAUACGAGCAAAGAAUACAUGCCAUGGAUGCGCUGUGAUGCGAUGGUGAAGGGCUGGCUGACCACGGCGAUGGAUAAGGAGAUACGAGCAAGUGUUAAAUAUGCAAAUACGGCUUCUGAGAUCUGGGGUGACUUGAAGGAACGCUUUGGCAAAGAAAGUGCACCAAGAGCGUAUGAGUUAAAACGAUCGCUGCACAUUACACGUCAAGAUGGAGGUACAGUUUCAGCUUACUAUACACGAUUGAGAAAGAUUUGGGACGAAAUCAACGUUGUAUUGCCGACACCGUACUGCACCUGUAAUGGAUGUAAAUGCGAUUUAGGAAGGAAGCAAGUGCAAAAUAAAGAAAAAGAAAGAUUAUAUGAGUUUUUGAUGGGGUUGGAUGAUGAUUUUGGUGUCAUUAGAACUCAAAUACUUGCAAUGAAACCAACCCCAUCCUUAAACAAUGCAUACCACAUGGUCGCGGAAGACGAGCAACAGCGGAAUAUGACGGGAAAAAGGCAACAUUUGAAGCAGUAG